AUGCCGUUUUCGGAUGUAGAAGAGCAUGUCAAAGAGUUCGAGUUGCCACUACUGGCUGUAGCCCAAUCCCAUCUUGAAGGUAACGUUUGGAGUGGAGGCGUCGCGUUAUUGGAAGCUACAACGUGUGAGCAGCUAUGCGAACUCCAGCUAAAGACUGGCGUGACAUCGUUGGCUUGGUGUGGACAAGAUGGAGACAUGCUAGCGCUGGGAUGCGACGAUGGUGAUGUAAGAUUGACUCGAUUAUCAGCGGAUGUUGCACUUGCUUUUGUGCCUAUUGGAACAAAUGAUUCGACGAGUGAAGAGAAUGCAACGCCAACGGGAUGGGGACACGAUGAUCUUAUCACGGGCAUUAGUGCCUCAAAGCUAGAUAAAGUACAGCUUGCCACUUGCAGUUGGGAUCUCACAGUCAAGCUGUGGGAUAUUGGAGCACUGGAUAAGACAAUUGCUACGUUCGAGGGCCACACGGAUUUGAUCUGGAGUGUAGCGAUGAAUCCGACGCAGGCGCAUUUGCUGUGCUCAGCCUCGCAGGACACGACCGUGCAGGUCUGGGAUGCUCGUCAUCCUGAAAAUGCAGCGUUAGCGGUUGCCACGCGCCUUCCAGCGCUGUCGGUGGACUGGCAUCCGACGAAGAGUGCGGUCUUCUCGGUCGGUUUAGAGGACGGUAAGGUGUGCAUCUUUGACGUGCGUUCUCCGCGCACGCCUUUAGCUCAACGAGAUAUCCACAGAGCAGCUGUGCACGUCGUGAAGUACUCGCCGUAUCAAGAUGGCUUGUUGGCAACAGGAGGUGAUGACGGGAUGGCGUUUGUGACCACGGACAGCAUGUUGAUGGAUGAAAGUGUAGGCAGUGGCGGACACGAACUGUUGGUUGGCGAAGAGAAACUGAAGCCACACCGAGAUUAUGUACGUGCGUUGGAAUGGUUCCAAUUGGCACAUGCCGUGCCUUCUUCUGAUGACAAGAAUAUUGAUACGGUACUCGCCACGGGCUCGUGGGACAAGAGUGUGCACAAGUGGAAUGUGGCUGAGUACACCACUGCUGUAGUGGAUAAAGCGUUAUCACCUUACGUUUCUGGAUCGACAGUGCCAGCGACACCACCGGGUGUACUGUUACACCGGAGCAAUAACUUUAAAGCUCAAGAAAAUGGAGACUUUGCAGCACGAGAAAGACUGCUGGCGACGACAUUGGUCCGGGUGCUGGUAAAACUUGCAGGCGAGCAGGAUAACCUUCACUUAGCUGCUACAGCAGGCAACGCAUUGCUGGAAGAACUCAGUGCUGCACGAAAAGAGCUUCCUUUCUUCACUUAG